AGCUCAAAAACACUUCACCUGACUUGUUUGCAGUUUCUUCUGGGAAUCAACCGACACAUGGGCGUGAAGAGCCACAAGAGAGGGAUGUUUUGUUGUCCAAAUAUACUGACAUCCCCUCUGCAGAUCUGCAUGGGAACCUGCCUUCCCCACGAGAUCACAGAGGAGAAUAAAAAAGCCAAAAUUCAGAACUCUAAAAUAGAACAGGACCUUAGUGAACACGCCAGGGCUGAGAAGAAUGUGGUCAAAAUACUCAUGCUUGGAACUGCGGAGAGUGGAAAGAGUACAAUAGUCAAACAGAUAAAGAUAAUUCACAGUGAUGGCUUCUCCAUACAGGAGCUCAUGAGUUUCAAGCCAGCAGUACUCGAUAACCUCUUGACAUCUAUGAAGAUUGUUCUACAAGGAAUGGGAAUGUUGAGGAUUAACCUCGCAAACAUGAAGAAUAAGAUGCAUGCCCAGUCCAUCCUCUCCUGCAGCCAGUGUCUGGGCGACGACCAGGACCUGCUUCCCUUUGUGGCUCAUGCAUUCUGUUCUCUCUGGGCCGACCAAGGGGUUCGAGCAGCCGCAGCCAGAGGCUACGAGUUUGAGCUGAAUGACUCUGCGCUCUAUUUCUUUGAGAACAUAAGUCGAAUCAUCAAACCAAACUACAUCCCCACAGAGACGGAUGUCCUGAGAGUCAGAGUGAGGACCUGUGGAAUCAUUGAGACGCAGUUUCAAGUUAAUGAAAUUAUGUUGCGGUUGUACGAUGUCGGGGGCCAGCGAAGUGAGAGGAGGAAGUGGCUGAGCUGCUUUGACUGUAUUCAAGUUGUGUUGUUUGUUGUGGCCCUCAGCACCUAUGAUAUGACACUGUUGGAUGUUCCAUCAGUGAAUCGGCUGCAGGAAAGUCUAGAACUCUUUUCAUCAAUCUGCACAAACACAGUCUUCCAGAAAACCUCCCUGAUUCUGUUUAUGAACAAAACUGACCUUUUCCGGGAGAAGAUUCUACAUUCUGGGAGACACUUGAGAUUUUACCUUUCUAGCUAUAAAGGAGCAGAUUGCGAUGUGGAUGCUGCAGCCCAUCACAUCACUGCCAUGUUCUCCACAUGCAGCGGCCCUGGCAAGCCCGUGUACCACCACUACACCACCGCCACAGACACCGACAACAUACAGCUGGCCUUCCACAUGGUCAAUGACCAGAUUAUCAAGGAGAACCUGGCAGCCGUCCAGCUGCUGUGAAAUUCUCCUGCAGACUCUUUAAAUUGUGUUUUUAGUCAUUCAUUUCUUUAAGUUUUUAUCACAGCUGUUUUUUUCUAUGUGAAAAUGCCUUAAUCGUUUAAAAUUAAUUGUUCAACUGGCUAAUAAGUUAUGGAUUUUCAAGCUGUGCAAUUUCCUUUUAUUUUAAAUCAUUUUAAAUAAAAUAUUUGUGGA